ACUCCUCAGCUCGACCGGCUGCUCUGCUGAACCCACCAAAAUGCGAAGUGUGAUCUCAGUGACGCUGCUGCUGCUGCUGGCUCUGACGCUCACCGCCGAGGCCAACAAGAGAGCCAAAAACCACAAAGGUGGGAAACAUGAGAAGUCCCGGCCGGCGUCCGACUGCUCCUCUGCAGAGACGCAGUACGGGAAAUGCGUCCCAGAAAACGGAGACUGUGGAGACGGUCUGAGAGAGGCCACCUGUAAAGAUCGCACCGACAAGAUCCACUGCAAGAUCCCCUGCAACUGGAAGAAGAACAUCAGUGACUGCAAGUACAAGUUCGGCCCGUGGGGAGCCUGUGACGGCGUCACCAACACCAAGAGCCGGUCAGGAACUCUGAAGCGAGCGCUGUUCAACGCCGACUGUCAAACUACCGUCAGCGUGUCCAAACCCUGCUCCCCCAAAGUCAAGAAAAGCAGAGGAGAGAAGAAGUCAAACUGAAGGACGGAGACGAGACGCAGAAGACGGCAGGUUUCUCUCCUCUUCCUCCAGCUGAACAAUCGUCUUCCUCCUUUAUCAAACACAAACAAACCGAGAGACUCCAAAACACACCGACCACCUUUUCACUUUGAUUCUUGUAUUUCCAGUUUGAUGUUGUUGUGUUGAUUAAGUGUGGAAAGCUUUCCUGGUGUCCUCCCUCUAGAUGAAUAAUACUGUCCUCAUAGCUGAUAGUUUAACAGUAAAUCCUGUUAGUUCAAAGCUUUUUACAGUAGCUCAAGUUUAAAUUAACAUCCAAGAAAUGUUCUGAUCUGUCUGAAAACUCUCCUCCAGGCUCCGGACGUCGCUCUCUGGACUGUUUGUUUUUAGACACAUUUAAAAUAUGUAAAAAUUGGGAAGCUUGGAUGGAUCUGUGAUGGCACGUUCCUCUAUAAAAUCUAUUUUUUGAAGUAUGGAUUAUUGACGCUGCAAGAUGAGACUUGUAUAAAAGAACAAAUUAAAUACUGUACAUUGUUUUGGUGAAGUUUGGUCUGUUCAUUGUUCUUCUGAAGGACAAAAUAAUACACGAUGAUCCUGCACAACAACGCUUCAACACGUACGCUCACCACACCGACAUGAAGCUGCACCUUCUUCUUCUGGUGACUUUCUGUUAUUUAUAUCCUGUUCUGAUGUCAUGGUCAAAGUUGAGAGGCUAGAGGUGAACGUAUGUAGAAAUGCUGCCUGUAAGGCAAAGCUCAG